CUUGCAUCAAGUAUUAUGCAUAUUAUGAGCGAAGAAAAUGCAGUCACGCGACUGCAAAAAUAUUAUUCAUUAUUUUUUAUAUAUUUGCCACUUUUUGAUCAUAGUUUAUUAAAAAAAAAAAAAACUCAAUGAGUACUUCUCAAGAAAACAAUAUUUUACCGUCAUCUCCAUUGCCUUACGAGAACUUGUCUCCCAUGGCUUCUGCAACUAGCUCACGUAAUAAUAAUAUACAGCAGCCAAUAGCUCCAAGUCUAGCUUUCUUUUACAAUCCACCAAGUUUUCUCAUAAGUUACCACAUUACUUGCGAAGAAAUACCAGUGUCCUUUGAACUGGUAUAUCAAUUAACAAAUGAUGCCGAUGACCGAGCUUAUAAUUAUGUUCUACCUGAUAGCUAUGUAUUUUAUCACAGUCAAUUUAAUACGAAAAAAAUUUAUCGAGUAACUUGUGAAUUAGCUUCGUCCCAAUUUUUAAAUAAAAGAUUUUAUAAUAUGGAAUAUAACCAGCAGAGUAAUCAACAACAUCAACAACAACAAGAAAUUUCUCUAACACACUUUAAAUUUCACUUGAAGCAAUUUUUAACUAAUUACUUGGCGCAUGGAAAUAUGGUGCAUGAUAAUUUUAGUGAUGAAACCAUGGAUGGUCCACCUUCUUUUCGAAAUACUACUAAUGGCGAUUAUACUCAAGAUUAUGAGAAUAAUCCUUCGUUAUUCAACCCAAACAUCGAUAAUAUUCAACAAGACGUUUAA